CAUUACGCAUGACUGUGACGCCACGCUGCUUACGUGUAGCUGAGGAAGUGGCUCUGUAACUGCCUUUAGCUGCCAUUAACAGUUCACCAUAAGGUCAGCUCGGGCAUUGGUCUAAGCCGAGCAGGACCAGUAAAUUGGGCAGUUUGCACAGGUGUAAUUUAACAGCAGUUUCGUAAAAACAUCUGAGUAAACACAGCUACAAUGGGAAAGAAGAGACUGCCAGACCUGUACAGAGCGCCCUUUCCCUUAUAUUCUAUCAAAGUGGACCCUAAAACUGGACUGGUGAUCACAGCAGGAGGAGGAGGGGCAUCUAAGACCGGCAUAAAGAAUGGUGUGCACUUCCUGGAUCUACAGCUGGUCAGAGAAUACCAGUACAGUGCAAGUCUUCUUCACUGUCAUGAUACGGAGACACGUGCCACAAUGAACAUGGCUGUAGGUGAUGGCGUGAUUGCGGCUGGUCAGGAUGGAAGCUGUUGUCUUAUGAAGUUCCAACAACGUCCACAGAAAGGAGGAGGUCAACCUGCUGCUCAGAAUGUAGGGAACAGCACACAGCAGGGGACCACCAGGCGCAGAACUGGAAAAGGCAAUGAAAGUGGAGAGGACGGAGUUGGAACGUCUGGAGAUACGUCUGGCACGAAGGAUGAGACAGCGAACAUCUAUGUGACUGCCUUCGCUGAAGUUCAGUCAGACUUGAACCUACAGGAUCCACUCCAGAAAGUUGUCCGGUUCAGUUCUGAUCUGAGCCUUCUUCUGACUGGGGGCACAGAUGGACACAUCAGGGUCUGGGAGUUUCCAUGCUUGAAGAAGAAAUUUGACUUUAGAGCACAUGAAGGGGAGAUAGAAGACUUGGAUAUAAGUGUAGGGAACAAGCAUCUGGUGACUGUCGGACGAGACUUUGCCUGCAGUGUGUGGAGGGGCAAUCAGUUGGCUGUGGGCCUGAAGUGGCACAAUACCCUGUCUCACAUAUCAGAGAAGGCUUUUCGAUAUAUGGCUUGCAGGUUUGGAAAGGUAGAAGACCAGAAAGAGGCUCUGAGACUUUACACAGUCCAGAUCCCACACAAGAGAGACAGGAGACCGCCUCCCUGCUACCUCACCAAAUGGGACGGCAAGAGCUUCCUGCCCAUGCUGACGGUUCCCUGUGGUGCUGAGGUCAUAUCCUGUCUAACUGUCAGUGACUCUGGAACAUUUCUUGGCCUUGGAACUAUAACAGGAUCAGUAGCCAUCUACAUUGCCUUCUCCCUGCAGAAGCUGUACUAUGUUAAGGAGUCACAUGGCAUUGUUGUGACAGAUCUGGCAUUUCUGCCAGACUCACUGAAAGGUAAAAACAUCAAGGGGAAAAAUGAAACUGCCAUGCUGAGUGUAGCUGUGGACAGCCGCUGUCAGGUGCAUGCAGUCCCUAACCGAAGCUCCUUUCCCAUUUGGCUGGUGCUGCUCCUCUGUGGUCUUGGGCUGGUGGGAGUGAUCCUCCUCCUGCAGUUCUUUUUUCCAGGUUUUUUUUAGAUGAUGCUUUUUGUCACAGUUUUGGGUUGAUGGAGCCUCAUCUUUCAGUCCCAACAUCCAAAUUUAAAUUCUAAUUUCUGAUUCUGAACAUGUUUGACUGCAGAUCCAGAUGAACGGACCACGACAGACAUUCUGUGAUUUUUAAUAUUUUUGAUUAUACAAUGCAAGUUCAAAUGUGAGAUCAUUUAUUGACACACACACACACACACACACACACACACACGCACACACGCACACACACACGCACACACACGCACACACACACACGCACACACACGUGCGCGCGCGUAUGUAAUAUGUAUAAACCCAUAAUGAAUAUGGGUUUAUACCCAAUUAUAUAGAUUUGUAGAAAUGCAUCAUCCGCUUGUUUUUUAAACAAAUGUAGUCAUCAGUAAGUAAAAGAGCAAGGAAACUUAAAGUUCUAUUUAAUAUUGUAAUCAGACCCUUUCAAACUCGAAAAUGUCUGUUACAUCCUCUACAAAUGUGUUGACUAACAAAAAUCAAUAUUAAUGUUUGUAUCCCUAUGCCCUGAUAUAAUAAAUUUGUCAAUGUGCCCACUCA